AUGGCGUACUUGUUUGGACCAGAAGAGAGAAGAACAGGCGAAGACGCUAGGAGACGUAGUGCUUGUUUAAUGGUUCCUCCUCCAUCGAAGAAGGUGAAAUUCUGCUCUGAAGAAGAAAGUAAACUCCUCCAGAAAACUGUCAGACAAGCUCUGCUAAGUGACGAUGCUUCUUGCAAGACUUUGCUUGUAAAGCUUGUCGGAUUAGAGAAAGAGAUAGUCGAUGCGUUGGUAGAUAUAUUGAAGAGUUGCAUUGUAUUCCAAUUCUCACCAACCUCGCCAGUAUUGCAUGUCGUAUACCAAUAUUUUGCAUCUAUUGGUGUUGGUACGGCCAUAGAACGCUUUCAUGAAUUCCAUGAUUUGAUUCUCAGUAACAUUGCCAAUGAAUACGCUAGCAAUUUCGCCUUUCUCGUGGAGAAACUCAUAACUUUCGCUCAUGUGUUACGGCAUGACAAACUGCGUCAUGAGAUAUGUAGUCAUUUACCAGACACCAUCAAACUGUUGUGGAAAAAUAAAAAGCGAGUCGAGGCAUGCAGGAUUGCGAAAUUGUUCGUGCAGCUAUUGAUGGUGGCCAAGAGGUAUCACGAUGAAGAAAAUCUGUCCAAGUUGUGGCUUGAAAAAACUUAUUCAGAGGAAAUGAUGAAAUGUCCAUAUAUGUCAGCUCUUACCGUUUUAUUGGACCCUGGGCGUACUGGAUGCGCUGAAAUGAUGAUUGAGUUGUCGUCCUUGCUUGAGCUUCCAUCGAACGAAGUUAAGGAGUUGUGUUUACGUUCACAGGCAGCUGAUCUCUUCUUGACUUUCCUCUCAUCAUACGCUACCUACUGCAGCCGCAAGCAACUGGAAGCUCUCCUCGAAUUCCUUAUCUUGGAAUAUAUAAGAACGGAUAAUAUCUCGUCCUUUGUCAGCGAUAUAAACCAUGCAACGGAUUGUUUAGCAGACAUCGAUAUACUUUGGGAAGUCAUUUCGGAGAAUCCUGAUCUUAGUCGUGAUUCAAAAUGUGUAAUAGGCGUGCUGUGCGAUCUUCCACUUCAUGCUUUACAUUCGUCCUCUGCUCUACGCUACUCGGUGGCAGUUCUGAUGUUUGCGAAUCACAUUUGA